AUGUACACUACCCCUGGGUGCCCGGACCCAACAGGGUACGCGGAGGAAGAUGACGGUGACGAUUAUGAGAACGCGACCCCAUCCUACAAGGACCUUCCUCCCAAGCCAGCAACUCCAGUGCCUUGGCUCAGUCAGAAGUCUGCAAGUCCUGGGUGCUGCCAGGAGAGACUGGUGGUGUGCCUGUGUGUGCUGGUGGUGGUAUCACUGCUCCUGGGCUGCCUCGGUCUCGCGGUGGCCCUGAUUAAGUAUCAGGAGGUAGUGGAAGAACUGAAGAUGUUAACCUUUCAGCAGAUGGCGUGGCAAGCAAAUGUGACUGGCAUCGCGGGGCUAGCUGGUCUGAAGAAGGACAUUGAUCAUGUCAGAGCUGACACCAACCAGUCCCUGGUGGAACUUCGGGGCCUACUAGACUGUCGCAGAGUCACCUGUCCUGAAGGCUGGGUCCCCUUUGAAGGCAAGUGUUACUACUUCUCCCCAAACACCAAGUCAUGGGAUGAAGCACGGAAGUUCUGCCAGGAGAAUUACUCUCACUUGGUCAUAAUCAGUAGUUUUGCUGAACAGAAUUUUGUGGCCAAGGCUCACCGCUCCCCACGGGUGUACUGGCUGGGGCUGCAUGACAAGGACAAAGAAGGGGACUGGAGGUGGCUGGAUGGGUCGCCUGUCACGUUAAGCUUCAUUCUUCAUGCUGCCAACGAGCUCCAUGGGUAA